UUCACUCCAGUAAAGACAUCACAACGACAAGAAGCAAAAUGAAGCGCCUGUUGUUUUUGGGUAUUGCUUUUGCUGCUUUCCACAUCAGCUAUUCGAAAACUCCAGCUUUCUGCCAACUGCGCCAUGAUGAAGGUGAAGGCUUAAGCUUUAACUUUGCUCUGUAUUACGAUGCCAGCAAAGAUCAGUGCAAUCCUUUCAUAUACAAAGGCCAAGGAGGAAAUGCCAAUCGCUUUGAAAGUGAAAAGCAGUGCAUGAGAAACUGUUCAGCCAACGCAGAGAAAGUCUACCCCAUGGAUGCCUCUCUAGCUUGCCACUUUAAAAAGGCCACAGGUGAAUGUAGUGGAAAGUUUUUGAGAUACUACUACGAUUCUGUUCACCACAAAUGCAAAAAAUUCCUUUGGUCUGGAUGCAUCGGAAACGGAAACAGAUUUUACGACUAUUUCAGCUGCAACUCCACCUGUACUGGAAUCCACGAUGAUCGUGAUGAAGAGGAGGAGGAGGAGCCAGACACUCCUAUUGCAAUCAUCUGUGGAGUUUUGCUUGCUGUCAUUAUUGUCGCCAUCAUCAUCACUGUAAUUGUCUUGACCGUGAAUUCAAAGAAAAAGGGCUCCAAGAAGAAGGCACCAGAGAAGAGUAGAGACCCCCAGUCUAGCUCACCUCUUCAGGAUCAGGGCAUUGAAAUGGCAUAGAAAAUCUUGUGACCUCGAUAGCAACACCAUCUUGGUUUUGUAUUACAACACCAGUAGUCUUGAUACCAAACAUCAACUGAUAGUCAGUUGAAAGUCAAGUUCAACUUAGCCAUGACAAUUUUGUUCAAUUUUCUAUUUUGUUUCAUGUGCUAAGUGAUGUUUUUUUUGGUUGUAUUUUCUACCCUGGGAGCUUUAUCCUAUUAUGUUCAUUCAGCAAUCUAAAAGAAAUCUGAUUAGUCAAAAUGAAACCAUAGAGAAACAACUAGUCCAUUAAUUGAUUAAUUAUUUGACAAUUAAUCUGCAACAAUUUUCAUAAUUGAUUAAUUGUUUCUCCAAAGAAGA